UUCAUUUGGAAAAAUAAAGCAGGCUCCAAUACGCGUUUUGUUAUAGCCCCGCUAACAGUUGUUGAUGUGCUCUCCAUCCUGCAGUCUAUGACCAGGCGCUGGGGACUGAAUACAGAAUUUAAGGGUUGAGAAAAUAUCAACCAGGAUGGGAACUGGAGGGGGAUGGAUCCAAUCUUUAUUGGUAUACUUGUACAUCACAGCGCCGUGUCACGCCCUCGUAUAUGAAGAGAAGAUGCCACAUUUACUCCGCAAUUGUUUGGAACGGACAAGUCAUAAAAAGGGCAACGUGACGCGGGACACAGCCGAAUCCAUCGACUACAUGUGUACGAAGGAAUAUCUGUUCAAAACCCCCGAGGAAAGAUGGCACCCAGAUCUAGAUAAAGUCAUAAACACUAAGACUCUUAGAAAAUUUGCAUCUUUGUUCAAAGAACUUGACAUUGGAGAAACCAGGAGUCAUAAAAUACGUUACAGAUACUCCAGUAUCAAGAGACAUUUUGUCAGGGUCAGACGAGCAACGCCAAUAAUCCGUAAAGAAAUCCGAAUGCUGUCAGAGGAAGAAAGACAGAAGUUCCUUAAGGCUCUGGUGGCAAUGAAAGCGGACACUAGCGAUCCCCAAAGACAGCCAAACGUAUACGACUGGUUCUGUAACUUGCACCCCAACAAGGUGGCUCCCAAUGCGCACUAUGGGCCGGCGUUCUUUGGAUUCCACCGAAUUUACCUCUAUCUAUUUGAGCAACAGCUGAGGACAUACGAACCAGACACGUUUUUGCCAUUUUGGGACUCCACGUACGAAAGUUUACUGGGCACUCCUACAUCCAGUGUCUUGUUCACAGAAGAUUUUCUGGGCGGGGGUACGGGGACAGUCACGGACGGACCCUUCAAAAACUGGAAGCACGAUAAGGUUGGUGUCCUUAUUAGAAACACUGCCAACAGUGGGCAGCUCUUCCAGCGAGAGACAAUAGAUAAAAUCAUGAUGAAGAUGUUUAUGUCGGAUAUUUCAAACCCUGAUGCCGAGUUUGAUGUUAACCUUGAGGCAAAGCAUGGCCAGGUCCAUGCUUGGAUAGGCGGCGCUAUGGAUAAUUUGGACUAUUCGCCGGCGGAUCCGAUCUUUUACAUGCACCAUUGCUUUGUUGAUGCAAUCUGGGAGCAGUUCAGAGAUAACCAGGUCAAACGUGGGAUGGAUCCAACAUCUUAUCCCGACGUCACCGAAGGACAUGCAGCGAACAAACCGAUGAAGCCUUUUUAUCUAGAAGUGAAAAAUGGUAAGAAAAUAUACUUGAAGAACAAAGAUGGGUAUGCCUUAAAAUGGUCCCAGUUAGUACGAUACGUAUAUCCAAAAAGAGAUUGCAAGAGAAAUAGCGAUUGUCAAUCAGAUGUGAUGGUGUGUCGAGAGGAGCAGUGUAUGACGAUGACAGCUCAUGAAUACGAGGCCUCAAAGGCAGCGCCACCACCGCCACCACCGCCGCCACCAGCACCACCUAAGAGACGACAUUCAUCGUCUGUAUAUAAGGCACCCAUCGGCAAAGCUCCUACCACUGCAGCUUUUUUUACCACAACUCCAGCCCCCACGCGGGGUGUAGACGACCUUCCUGGCUGGGAUAACUGGUUUAUGUGGAGAAAGAAGAGAAGCGUUAGUUAUGUUCACACACGAUAUCCCUAUCCCUAUCAUUAUAUAAGGCGCCAUCUUUACUACCUGACCAGACGCUACAGGAACAAGUCGAGGCAGCAGAGGAGGGAAAAGAUAGGAGAGGUUGGAAUCAAGUACAAGUACUCUGAUGAGAAGACUUCCCCGAUCUACCAUUCUCUUCAGAACACGUUUACCAUCGACGGCGUGGAAGAUAUUGACAACUGGGUGUAUAUCCCAAUUAUAGUUUAUUACAGACGACCAAACGAAGUCCAUUAUGAUGCUCAUCCUAUAAGCCAUGGUCAUCCUAUCAUGAAUAAGGACGUCUUCAACCAGUAUCACGAUGCCAAAUACAUCACGCACAAAGUGGGCAAUCCUGCAAAGAAUGCCAACUGUUACCAUAUUGGUUCCGGGGCCACCAAGGUAUAUGUGAAGGCAACAGGGAUGAACUACAAUGGGUUCUACACGGACUAUGCUCUAGUCGAUGAAAGGCAGCCCCUGUCCUUUGGGUUGACCGAAGUCGGGGUGAAGAAGCCGGUUGGUAAAACUCCAUCAAAAGUCUAUAUUUCUGCCCACGAUCCAUGUGGCAGAAGUUGUAAAGCUCGGUGUCUGGUCGCGGGCUCCAAUCCACCUCGUUACAGACCGUGCUCAGGGACGAUUGGGGUCACCUCAACGGGGCCUCUGAUGUACAGUUCCAACAUCGGCGACGCCCAUCUCAACACGUACGAUUUCUCAACCCUUCCUCCAACUCUGUCCAGUAAGAAAAUAUUCCUUGUCUUCUAUUGUGACCAGAGCGAGGUGUGGCCAUGGGACGCAUGAUAGCAGAUUAUAAAUCUUGAAUAAUAAGAUGUCACUAUGUGCCAUUUGAUGAAAUACAUAAACUGUGGUCAAAUUUUUAUUGUCUUUAUUUAGAGAUAUCCAUGAAUAUUCUGUAUUGUCUGUUUUCGAACUCUUGCCAAAAUUAUUUUACAUGUACAAAUUGAAAAAUAAACUUGCGAAAAGAAACAAUA